UAUUAUUGGAGGAAUUUUUUUUUUUGGAGUUUAUUGAAGAAAAAAUUCAGACCGUAACAGAGUCAAUCGAAAGUUCAACGAGUGCAACACGCUUCUCUCUUCUUUUCCAUUGUUUAUUUGUUCUUCUGUGCCAACAAAAGCUCAAUUUUCUCCUCCAACUCUAGUUUCCCCACGAACCCAUUUUUCAUUUUCCCCAAAAGAUCACAACUUUGCUUCAAUCUAUUCUUCCUCUUUUCCUUUUCCCGUUUUCGUUUCAUGGGCAUCUCUUGAAAUCUGGAACCAUAGACAUUCUCAUUACACACCGCCAUGGACAGGGACAAGGACAAGUCUCACACUCACAGUUUUUUUCGCAGUUUCGUCAAACACUUCAAAUUCGGUUCCAGUAAAGAGGGAAGCGAUGAAGCUGACAUACAGAAAAUGGCUGCGCAAGAGCAGAAGAUUUUUGCCUACGAAACCUUGGCUUCUGUCACCAAGAAUUUUAGUGAUAUUCACAAGCUAGGCGAGGGAGGUUUUGGCCCUGUCUACAAGGGUAAGCUGAAUGAUGGGAGAGAGAUUGCUGUGAAGAAGUUAUCACACAGUUCAAAUCAAGGGAAGAAAGAGUUCAUGAACGAGGCCAAGUUGUUGGCUCGUGUGCAGCAUCGGAAUGUGGUGAAUCUGGUGGGCUAUUGUGUCCAUGGCAACGAAAAGCUACUUGUUUAUGAGUAUGUUGCUCAUGAAAGUCUAGACAAGUUUCUUUUCAAAUUACAAAAGAGAGAGAAGCUGGAUUGGAAACGUAGGUUGGGCAUAAUCACAGGCGUUGCAAAGGGGUUACUUUAUCUGCACGAAGACUCACACAAUUGCAUCAUCCAUCGCGACAUCAAGGCCAGUAAUAUCUUGCUUGAUGACAAAUGGACGCCCAAGAUUGCAGAUUUUGGCAUGGCUCGUCUCUUCCCCGAAGAUCAGACCCAAGUCAACACACGUGUGGCUGGAACCAACCAAACAAAAUUUAAUACGACUUCUUCAUUCGCAUACACACUAGUUUGGAUCAUUUCCACGUUUUUUGGUAUCAGUGGAUACAUGGCUCCAGAAUAUGUUAUGCAUGGAAAUCUAUCGGUGAAGGCAGAUGUAUUUAGUUAUGGAGUUUUGGUAUUGGAAUUGAUCACCGGCCAUAGAAACUCCUCUUUCAAUUUGGACGUGGACGCCCAGAGCAUGCUUGAUUGGGCAUACAAGAUGUACAAGAAAGGGAAGAGCUUAGAAAUUGUGGAUCCGACGUUGGCAGAUACAAUGGUAGGUGAAGAGGUAGCGAUGUGCAUUCAGAUGGGUUUGUUAUGCACUCAAGGUGAUCCACAGCUACGUCCCACGAUGAGGCGUGUGGUGGUGAUGCUGUCAAGGAAACCAGGCCAGAUGCAAGAACCAACCAGACCAGGGGUGCCUGGUUCUAGAUACAGAAGACCUCGAAGACACUCUGCAUUGUCUUCCACAUUGGGUACCUCAGGUGCCUCCGAUUCACACACUUCUGAUUCAAGUAAUUAUACGACUGUUACUACUAGUGCCACUGGGACCAGCUCUGCCACUGUUGAAUCAGACCCCAAGGGUAAACGUCCAAUGAGGGAGGGUUAAGUCAGUUUGGUCAGGUUAGGCUCAUUAUAUUUGUUUCAUCUAUUAUGGGGUUAUUCUUUUUGUAAUGUAAGUAUAGCUGGUGUGAAAACUGAGUGGAAUGUACAUAGUGGGAGGGCUUAGUUAGGCUAGGAAUGCUUAUUUUUUAAUUAAUGUUUACAAGUGAGAAAUGGGAAGAAGUUAAGUAUUCUCAUUUUCCAUGCUCCAACAAAUGGUUUGAUUGGUGUUGAGUUCUUUAUUGGCACUUAGCAUUACAAAUGAUUACGCCUCAUUGUUGCGU